UCUUUCUUUCCGCUCCUACCCCUUCCCCCAGUUUUAUCUUAAUAUGAUUGCCACCACUUCUCAAAAACUGCGCUCCUGGUUCGCAUCCAUCACUUCACCUUCGGCUACUCACGCUUCUGGGAUGCUCAUCCUCGUCGCUAUUCUCGCUGCCGUGACUGAGGCUCACGCGGAUUCUGUUGCGGCUGGCUCAGAGAGGACCAUCUACAGUCAUCAUCAUCCCAAGGACUCGUCAUCAUCUAACCAAGCUUCUGAUGCUCAUUCAAGGGAUCUUCCUUUUAAAUCAGAGGAACAAGAGGCAGAGACUAAAGCACUCAAUAAUCAGGACAUGCUUUACUAUGUGGCCCUGGGCAUGUUGGUUUCCCAAGGUUUAAUUCGCUUGAUCACAUUUAUCUCGAACCGACGCGAGGCUGCAGCUCGUAAGGAGGACAAUGGUUCAGAAAAAAAGUCUCGUAAAGAUGACUUGAGUUUAAAUGCACUGGAAGAUUUGGAUGAGGAAACCUUGAAGAGGCGGAGACAGGAGCAUUUGGCUACUUUGGCUCAACAGGCUCCGUUGUUGGGCAGCGAUUCUGAAGAUGAGGAUUAUGAGGAAGGAACUAGCGAGUCUGAAUCUGAGUCUGAGGAGGAUAUAGAUGAGGACGUAUCCAAUGAUGAAGACUUGAAUGAACUUCAUGAUGAGAAUACGACUGGGGUCGUGCGCCGCCGCCACAACUGGAAUUGAGAAGUAAAAACAAAACAAAAAAAAGAAAUAAUAAUAAUAAUAAAAAAAAUAAAAAAAGGAAAAGAAGUCUCAAUUCUCAUUUCUUUUUACUCUCGACAAGAACAAGGAUAAGGAUAAAGAUAAGAGCGAGGACAAAGACAAGGGCAAGGACAAGGGCAAGGACAGAGGCGCGGGACGCACUUUGAACCACUUCAUCAUCCAUCAGCAAUGUAGACGGAAAUCGAAUCAAGUCAACUUUUCUCUCACCAGUAGAACAAGGAGGCGUUUCCUAUUCUUUAUGUCUUAAUCAAGAAUUUUGUAAAAUGACAGAAAGUCUGGCCAUAUCACAAACCCUACAAGAGCGCAUAGGAUAUUCGCUAUUAUCAACA